UUGCUGAUAUGUGUCGCUGAUCUUCGGAACGAAAUAUCCGACCAACCUUAUUAUUCUCUUCAUCUUCACGAUCUCGUCGGCGGUCUUCAUAUCGAUCGCGUGCACAUUCUAUACGAUUGAUUCCGUCAUGCUGGCUCUGGGCAUAACUUUUCUGUGCUGUGUCGGAAUUUUCGUGUUUUCCUUCAAUACUAAAUACGACCUCAGUUCUUGUCAUGGACUCGUAUUCUGCCUUCUUUGGGGGCUCCUGCUCACCUUCCUGCUGAUGCCGAUACCGUACGGCUCGACGAGUAACAAAGUUUUCGCCGGGAUCGGGGCCAUCAUAUUCAUGUUCGUUCUGGUGUAUGAUAUUCAUCGCGUUAUGGGUCGAUCGACGGAAAACGCUCUCUCUCCGGAGGAGUACAUCGUAGGAGCACUGGAGAUUUACUCGGAUAUCAUCAACAUCUUCAUCAGGAUUCUACAGAUUGCGGUGCAGCGAUGAAAAUGCCUGGACGGAAGUGCUUCCAUCGACCUGAGGAAUAUAUCCCAUCGCCGUGUGAGAGACGGGAAAUAAUCCGCAUGUACAGUGGCGGUCAAAAUAAUAGAGCCACCUAAAAACUUCGUCUCCUUUUUUCGGAGGAUUCCUAGAUCGAACUUUCCAAAGCCGGUACAUCACAUGCGAGAUGCGGCUCUCCGGGAUAUCCUUGCCAAAAACAUCAUUGCCCUGUCCUGGCUGGCUUGGUCAAGCUCACGUCUCACCACUAAACAUCGAGUCGCUGGAGCGCACUUUUCGUUGAUCACGGAGACGACGAAACCCGUGGGUCAAAUGGCUCUACUUCGUAGAUUUCAUGCUCGAUGUUCCAUAAGGUCUACUAGUCAGAACGUCAUUCUCUCCAUGUUUUAAUGCUUGAGUAUUUGGAGCUGAAUAAAUGAUGUCGGAAUCGUCUUCAUCAUGG